AUGCCCGUCAUUGCUGUAGCCGGAGGCACUGGCAACCUGGGCCGCGCCGUCGUCGACGCCCUCAACGCCACCGGCAACAUCACGGUGCUCGUGCUGGCUCGUCAGGCUUCGGAAGACAGGGAGAGGGAAAUUGGCGCCAAAAUCAUCGCAAUCAACUACGACGAUGUCCCUAGUAUCACCACGGUCCUGGAGAAGAACAAGAUCGACACCGUCAUCUCGACCCUGACAUCAAACGCGCCUGUUUCUCCCGAUCUCGCUCUCAUCGCGGCGGCUGACAAGUCAUCCACCACCAAGAGAUUCAUUCCUAGUAUCUGGGCCGUCCCGGACCAAGAGAGCAUGGCCGCCAUUUUCCCGCCUGCCAAGCACAAGAUCGACACCCUCGCCGCGCUCGAGGCCUCCUCUCUCGAGUUUACCAGUAUCUUCAACGGCUACUUCAUUGACUACUUCGCCGUGCCCAAGGUCCAGUCGUACCUGACCCCCCUGGUCGUCGUCGCCGACAUUGCCAACAACUUUGCCGCCAUCCCUGGCUCCGGGGACGUCCCCGUCGUGUUCACGCAUACUUGGGACAUUGCCAAGUUCGUGGCCGCCUACGUGCAAAAGUCCACUUGGGAGAAGGAGGCCUAUAUUAUCGGCGGCAAGGUGACCUGGAACGAAUUCAUCGCCAUCGCCGAAGAAGCCAAGGGCACCAAGUUCACCGUGAGAACCGACUCUAUCGAGAAGCUCAGUAAGGGCGAGAUCACUGAGCUGCCGUCUCACCCGGCUAUUUACCCCUUCUUCCCGAAGGCGAUGCUACAAGGCUUCUUCGCCGCGUUUGGUAUCUUCUUUGAAAACGGCCUCUUCGACCUCAAUCCCGCCCAUACUCUGAAUGAGGAGUUCCCCGAAAUCAAGGCGCGCACGGUCAAGGAGAUCAUCGAUGCGGCUUGGCGGGAGUAG